AUGCCCCGCGGGUUCCUGGUGAAGCGCAGCAAGAAGUCCACGCCCGUGUCCUACCGGGUCCGGGGCGGCGAGGAUGGUGACCGCGCGUUGCUGCUGUCACCCGGCUGCGGGGGCGCCCGCGCCGAACCCCCGGUGCCAAGCCCCGGGCCACUGCCGCCACCUCCGCCGCCGGCGCUCGCGGAGCGCGCCCAUGCAGCGCUCGCCGCCGCGCUCGCCUGCGCGCCAGGUCCGCCGCCACCCCCUCCGGGUCCGCGGGCCGCGCACUUUGGCAACCCAGAGGCUGCUCAUCCCGCACCUCUCUACAGCCCCACGCGGCCGGUAAGCCGCGAGCAUGAGAAGCACAAGUACUUCGAGCGCAGCUUCAACCUCGGCUCGCCGGUGUCAGCCGAGUCGUUCCCUACGCCCGCCGCGCUGCUCGCAGGGGGAGGUGGAGGCGCCAACGGCGCUGGCGGCGGCGGCACCUGCGGCGGAGACGCGCUACUCUUCGCGCCUGCCGAGCUCAAGAUGGGCACCGCGUUCUCCGCCGGUGCCGAGGCAGCCCGGGGUCCCGGGCCUGGUCCCCCACUGUCCCCCGCCGCUGCCCUGCGGCCCCCAGGCAAGCGCCCCGCGCCCCCCGCCACUCUCGCUUCAGAGCCACCCGCCAAGGCAGCCAAGGCCCCGAGCGCCAAAAAGCCCAAGGCCAUCCGCAAGCUGCACUUCGAGGACGAGGUGACCACGUCGCCGGUACUGGGGCUCAAGAUCAAGGAAGGCCCGGUGGAAGCGCCGCGGGGCCGCGCGGGGGGCGCAACCCGGCCGCUGGGCGAGUUCAUCUGCCAGCUGUGCAAGGAGGAGUACGCCGACCCGUUCGCGCUGGCGCAGCACAAGUGCUCGCGCAUCGUGCGCGUGGAGUACCGCUGCCCAGAGUGCGCCAAGGUCUUCAGCUGCCCGGCCAACCUGGCCUCGCACCGCCGCUGGCACAAACCACGGCCGGCACCUGCCGCGGCCCGUGCGCCCGAGCCCGAAGCCGCCACCAGGGCUGAGGCGCGCGAGGCUGUUGGCGGCGGCAGCGAUCGGGACACGCCGAGCCCCGGCGGCGUAUCCGAGUCAGGCUCCGAGGACGGGCUCUACGAGUGCCACCACUGCGCCAAGAAGUUCCGUCGCCAGGCCUAUCUGCGCAAGCACCUGCUGGCGCAUCAUCAGGCGCUGCAGGCCAAAGGCGCGCCGCCGCCGCCGCCGCCGCCACCGCCACCGCCUCCGGCCGAGGACAUACUGGCUUUCUACGCCGGGCCCGACGAAAAGGCGCCCCAGGAGGCCGCGGGCGACGGCGAGGCGGCCGGCGUACUGGGCCUGAGUGCGGCCGCCGAGUGCCACCUGUGCCCAGUGUGCGGGGAGACCUUCCCCAGCAAGGGCGCCCAGGAGCGCCACCUGCGUCUGCUGCACGCUGCCCAGGUGUUCCCCUGCAAGUACUGCCCGGCCACCUUCUACAGCUCCCCGGGUCUUACGCGGCACAUCAACAAGUGCCACCCGUCUGAGAAUAGACAGGUGAUCCUCCUUCAGGUGCCCGUUCGUCCAGCCUGCUAG